AUGAAGUCCGUGACACUCCUCGCCACCGUGGCAUUGGCCUCGUUGUCGAGUGCGCAUGCAGGACCUGCCAUGCCAAAGUUGAUGGGUGGAAGAGAGUUCCUUCAAAAAAUCAAAGGUCGCAAUGCUCUGCCAGCUUCAAUCGCUACCCCUGUGCAUGUGGAAGAACGAACGCCUGGGGUUGGCCUGAGAGCCGACAACCCAAAUACUUGCGGUCCAGGUGUUGGCAGUUGUGUAAAUGCCUGCUGCUCUCCAGAAGGAUACUGCGGUACCACAGCAGACUAUUGCGCGGCUCCAGAUUGCCAGUUCAAAUAUGGACCUCUCUGUGAUACACUCCAAGCUCCAGCUGGUGCUUCGACAGCAAAUAUUGCUCGUCCCCAUAUCGGUGCCGUUCCAUAUGGAGGAGCUGGUAUUUACGAUUGCCAAGUUGCCGGAGAUAUUGCUUUUACCUUUGAUGACGGACCUUAUCUUUAUACUAAUGACCUUCUUGACAAGCUUGCAGCUUAUGGAGCUAAAGCUACCUUCAUGAUCACCGGCAAUAACCUCGGGAAAGGUGCAAUUGAUACCACUGCAAAGUAUGUUACUAUCAUCAAACGCAUGAUUGCCGAAGGACAUCAAAUCGCAUCUCACACCUGGGGUCACCAAAACCUGACGUCUCUUGAUCCAACAACAUUCAAAAACCAAAUGAUCUUCAACGAGAUGGCAUUUAGAAACAUUCUCGGAUAUUUCCCAACGUAUAUGAGACCCCCUUAUUCCGAGUGCAAUGCCACCUGUGGUGAUCUUAUGGCAGACUUGGGAUAUCAUGUGACCUAUUUCGAUUUGGAUACUGCGGGGUAUCUGAAUGAUGCUACAACUCUCAUUCAGAACUCCAAGAACAUUUGGGAUGCAGCUAUUGCCACCGCUAAUUCUGCUACGGGCAAUUUCCUGGAAAUCGAGCAUGACAUCCAUUAUCAAACCGUCUAUAACCUUACUGACUACAUCCUCGCAUCAAUGUACUCUCAUGGAUUCAAGUCCGUUACCGUUGGCGAUUGUCUCGGUGAUCCGUCCGCGAAUUGGUACAGAAGCGGAAAUGCUAGCGCCCCUGUUCCUACACCAAGCCAGCAGGUUUCCGAUGACGGUUCCUGCAAUGCAGCUAUCACCUGUCUCGGUUCUGUCUAUGGAAACUGCUGCUCUAUAAACGGAUAUUGCGGAUCUACCGAUGCCUACUGCGGUACAGGCUGCCAACCCGGUAGCGGCUCUUGUUCUGGUUCAUCUUCGACUACAAUCUAUACCAGCACUACUAAAACAUCAACUUCUGCGCAACCAACCAGCACGCAAAAGGUUUCUGCAGAUGGAAGCUGCUCAGGCUCUAUUACUUGUAUUGGAUCAAGCUUUGGUAACUGCUGCUCGCAACAUGGAUACUGUGGAAGCACUACCAAUUACUGCGGUAUCGGAUGUCAAUCCAUCGCCGGAACAUGCUCAGUAUCCGGUGCCUCCACCGCCAAAUCUACCACCACAUCCACGACAUCCACCGCCGUUGCUACUUCGACUUUAGAAGUUAGUAUUGAUGGAUCAUGUGGUGGUACUACGAAGGAAACGUGCCAGGGAAGUAGUUACGGCUCGAAUAAAAAACAACCCCUCCUCAAUAUCACAACUCCAAAGCCCCUUGUCAUCCCUCAAUACUUAUUAUUCUCUCUCUUCACAACUGCUACUUAUCUUAUCAAUACACUACCCUACACUCCACCUCACAUACAAACCACGCAAACAUCUUUCUCCGAACAAGCACCCGCGAAUAUGACAACCCAAACACCAGACUCCCAGAUUAAUCACGCGGAUGCUAUUGAAUAUUGGGAAAACAUAGAAGCAAGUGAUGAUGGUAUGUUAGGGGGUUUUCCGUAUAUCAGUCGGGUGGAUAUACAGGGGUCGAGGAAUUUUCUGGGGAAAUUGGGGGUUAAGGGGGGGAAAGUGAGGAGGGCGGUGGAUUGUGGUGCAGGGAUUGGUCGAAUUACGAAAGCACUACUUCUCAGUAUUGCUACAACCGUGGACAUUGUAGAACCAGUAACAAAGUUCUCUUCCGCGCUCGUGGAUCACCCAGGAGUCGGCCAAAUAUAUCCCGUUGGUCUUGAAGCAUGGACACCAGAUCCGGAAACCCAAUACGACUUGAUAUGGAACCAGUGGUGUCUAGGUCAUUUGACAGACUCUCAAUUAGUGGAAUAUUUUCAAAAAUGCGCCAACAUGUUGAGUGAAGAGGGUUGGAUCAUAGUCAAGGAAAAUAUGAGCACCCACGAUGGCGGUGAUAUGUUCGACGAUGUUGACAGCAGUGUCACGAGGACUGAUGAGAAGUUCCGCGAACUCUUCGAAAAAGCUGGCUUGAAAUUAUUUAAGACGGAACUGGCGAAGGGUUUCCCAAAGGGUUUGUACCCUGUGAGGUUAUAUGCGUUGAAACCGGAAUGA